GCCAGACCUGAGUGACUCGUCCCUCCCUGGGGGGCCACCUUGGACUCUGACCCCCCUUUGGGCACUGAGAUUUCUUUCCUUUCAGUGGGGGCGUGGAGAUAGUGAUCUGAUGCAUCCCUGCCCCUCAAGCAGCAGGAAAACUGACAGCACAGGGGCCAAACAGACCUCAUCCCAUCAGCUCUGCAGUAGGAAAAAGGAGACCUCUCUCUUAGUUAGACAGUCACUUCCCUGGCUCCAGACACCAGGGGGAGGGUCUGAGGCCAGUGGGAAUGAGGUGGAUGGUGAUUAGGAGGGGCAUUUUAGCCUUGGUGGUUUUGGUGAGGAACCAGUAUCUGUUUGUUUUUAGAGGUAAUGAAAACGAUCUUGGUGCCUGUGGAAGGACCAAAGGAGGGUAUUCAGGGCAUUAAUGUGGCAGAACAGUUUAUUUUUCCUAGAAAUACUAGGGAAUUGGAAUCUCCUACAUGCGUGGAUUUUCUUGGGGGUGAAUGUAUGUGUGAGUGAGGAUUUUCAGAGUGUGGGUUGGGGAAUGAUACCAGGUGGCUGGAGGAAGAGUGAGGGAUUCAUGUUUCCCUCACGAGGUAAGGUGCUCUGAGAAGACCCAGAAGAGGGGAAGUAGAUAUUGAGAGGUUAGGUAUGUUGGGAAGCUGAGAAGAGACUCCGUGCUGGGGGCAGUGGUGGUGUAUGUGCCACGCUGAACUAUUCCUCCUUCCAUUUCCUGUUGUUUUACCUCCUGCUCCCUCUCUAUCUUCUGUCCUGUCCCCUGCUUCUCAACAGAAGGUGCUGGGGCUGCUGCUGGCACAUUCAGCAGAUGUGAAUGCCCGAGACAAGCUGUGGCAGACACCACUGCAUGUGGCUGCUGCCAACCGGGCCACCAAGUGUGCUGAGGCUCUGGCACCCCUGUUGAGCAGCCUCAACGUGGCUGACAGGAGCGGGCGCAGUGCCCUGCACCAUGCAGUGCAUAGUGGGCAUCUUGAGACGGUAAAUCUGCUUCUCAACAAGGGAGCCAGCCUCAAUGUCUGCGACAAAAAGGAGCGGCAGCCUCUGCACUGGGCGGCUUUUCUAGGGCAUUUGGAGGUCUUGAAACUGCUGGUGGCACGGGGAGCAGACCUUGGCUGCAAGGACCGCAAGGGCUAUGGGCUGCUCCAUACAGCCGCUGCCAGUGGCCAGAUCGAAGUGGUGAAGUACCUUCUCCGGAUGGGAGCUGAGAUCGAUGAGCCCAAUGCUUUCGGAAACACAGCUUUGCACAUCGCCUGCUACCUGGGCCAGGAUGCUGUGGCUAUUGAGCUGGUGAACGCAGGAGCCAAUGUCAACCAGCCGAAUGACAAGGGCUUCACACCACUGCAUGUAGCUGCAGUCUCCACCAAUGGCGCGCUUUGCUUGGAGUUAUUGGUCAAUAAUGGGGCCGAUGUCAACUACCAGAGCAAAGAAGGGAAAAGUCCUCUGCACAUGGCUGCUAUCCACGGCCGUUUCACCCGCUCCCAGAUCCUCAUCCAGAACGGCAGUGAGAUUGAUUGUGCUGACAAAUUUGGGAACACGCCACUGCACGUGGCUGCUCGCUAUGGACACGAGCUGCUCAUCAGCACCCUCAUGACCAAUGGCGCGGAUACCGCCCGGCGCGGCAUCCACGACAUGUUUCCCCUGCACUUAGCUGUUCUCUUUGGAUUCUCUGACUGUUGUCGUAAGCUGCUUUCCUCAGGUCAGCUGUACAGCAUUGUAUCUUCGCUCAGCAAUGAGCACGUGCUUUCAGCUGGGUUUGACAUCAACACUCCUGACAACCUUGGCCGCACCUGUCUUCAUGCUGCUGCUUCUGGAGGGAAUGUUGAAUGUCUUAAUUUGCUGUUGAGCAGUGGAGCUGACUUGAGAAGGAGAGACAAAUUUGGAAGGACCCCACUGCACUAUGCAGCCGCCAACGGCAGCUACCAGUGUGCAGUCACGCUGGUGACUGCUGGGGCCGGCGUCAACGAGGCUGACUGUAAAGGCUGCUCUCCCCUCCACUAUGCUGCCGCGUCCGACACUUACAGGAGAGUGGAACCCCACUCAGCUUCCAGUCACGAUGCUGAAGAGGACGAGCCACUGAAGGAGUCCCGCAGGAAGGAGGCCUUCUUCUGUCUGGAGUUCUUACUGGAUAACGGUGCAGACCCCUCCCUGCGGGACAGGCAGGGCUACACAGCUGUGCACUAUGCAGCCGCCUAUGGCAACAGACAGAACCUCGAACUGCUCUUAGAAAUGUCCUUUAACUGCCUGGAGGAUGUGGAAAGCACCAUUCCAGUCAGCCCUUUGCACUUAGCUGCCUACAAUGGUCACUGUGAGGCCCUGAAGACACUGGCCGAGACGCUGGUGAAUCUGGAUGUAAGGGACCACAAGGGCCGGACCGCGCUCUUCCUGGCCACUGAGCGAGGCUCUACUGAGUGUGUGGAGGUGCUUACGGCCCAUGGUGCCUCUGCCCUCAUCAAGGAGCGCAAACGCAAGUGGACACCCCUGCACGCUGCUGCUGCCUCUGGCCACACUGAUUCCCUGCACUUGCUGAUCGACAGUGGGGAACGAGCUGACAUUACAGAUGUCAUGGAUGCCUAUGGACAAACCCCACUGAUGCUUGCCAUCAUGAACGGCCACGUGGACUGUGUACAUCUGCUGCUAGAGAAAGGAUCCACAGCUGAUGCUGCUGACCUCCGGGGCCGCACUGCCCUCCACCGAGGAGCAGUGACUGGCUGUGAGGACUGCCUGGCUGCCCUGCUGGACCAUGACGCGUUUGUGCUGUGCCGAGACUUCAAAGGCCGCACACCCAUUCACCUGGCCUCGGCCUGCGGCCACACUGCAGUACUGCGGACCCUGCUACAGGCUGCCCUUUCCACAGACCCCCUGGAUGCUGGGGUGGAUUACAGCGGAUACUCGCCCAUGCAUUGGGCCUCUUACACUGGACAUGAAGAUUGUCUGGAGUUGUUACUUGAACACAGCCCAUUUUCAUACCUGGAAGGAAACCCCUUCACUCCUUUGCACUGUGCAGUAAUUAAUAACCAGGACAGCACCACAGAGAUGCUGCUGGGAGCUCUGGGUGCCAAGAUUGUGAACAGCCGAGAUGCCAAAGGACGGACCCCCCUUCACGCCGCUGCCUUCGCGGACAAUGUCUCUGGGCUCCGAAUGCUGCUGCAGCAUCAAGCCGAGGUGAACGCCACUGACCACACUGGCCGCACUGCGCUCAUGACGGCGGCUGAGAACGGGCAGACCGCUGCUGUGGAAUUUCUGCUGUAUCGAGGGAAGGCAGAUCUUACUGUGCUGGACGAGAACAAGAACACUGCCCUCCACUUGGCCUGUAGCAAGGGCCAUGAGAAGUGUGCCCUCAUGAUCCUGGCAGAAACCCAAGACCUUGGCCUUAUCAAUGCUACCAAUAGUGCGCUACAGAUGCCACUCCACAUUGCUGCCCGGAAUGGUCUAGCCUCUGUGGUGCAGGCCCUGCUGAGUCGAGGGGCCACAGUUCUGGCUGUGGAUGAAGAAGGUCACACCCCAGCACUGGCCUGUGCCCCCAACAAAGAUGUGGCCGACUGCCUGGCCUUGAUCCUUUCCACCAUGAAGCCUUUCCCACCCAAGGACGCCAUCAGUCCUUUCAGCUUCAGUCUGCUCAAGAACUGCGGCAUUGCAGCCGCCAAGACGGUGGGUGGCUGCGGUGCCCUGCCCCAUGGGGCCUCCUGCCCCUACAGCCAGGAGCGGCACGGCGCCAUUGGGUUAGAUGGCUGCUACUCGGAGUAGCCCCCCUCCAGUGUCCCUCCCCCGCCGGUGGCUUGAUAUCUUAUUCUAUUUAUUUAGAAAAAGUCUAUACAUUUAGGGCACUUUAAAGGAGAACACGACUGGGUGGGGAGGUGGAGGGGGGGAAAGCACUGGGGAGCAGCUGCUCACCCCUUUGCCACACCAUCCUGGCCUGGCAGGGGUCUGGGACUGACAGGGAGCACCCCAGGCCCUUAGUACCCCCAGGGCAACCCCUUCUGCCAAGUGUCCCAGAAUGAUCGCUAAAUGCCUGGCUCUCCCUCUCUUGGACCCCGUCUCUCAGUUCCCCCUUUCUGCUGCCAGCUUCCUCGCUCUUCCCUCGGGCUCUCCUCUCUGUGUCCCCUUCCCCCUGCCCUCCUGCCAGGCAGAUGCCCCCCGUCUUCUUCCAUACCCAUCACCCAUCACUGCCUCCCUGCUCGGCUGGCCCCUCCAUCCCCGCAGCAGUGAGAAGCCUUAAUUUCUGGUACUGUGUGAGCACUCUGGGGGUGCCCCCUCCCCCUUCAGGGGCAGCUAGAGGACGAGGGGGGAGGGUAUUUAGCACUGGGGCCUGGAGCUUUCUCCCCACUUCUCUACCCAUCACUCCUUAAGUUCAAAUGCAAAGCACUUGAAACAGCAACUGCUGUGCCUGGGCCCAUCCUGCGCUCUCCCUGGCUCCUCAUAUGCAGAUCAAGGGCUGGUCCUGCCCCCACAGCCCGCCCCUUCCUCCUUCCCGCCUCUGCCCCGGCCUGACCCCGGAACCACGCACUUUAACCUUGCUUCUUUCUUUUACCUGCUUUCGAGAGGGCAGAGCCUGUGGGCGUUCCCUUCCUGGCUCUUCCCUCCCUUAAGUUUGAGGCUUGUCAUGAAUUUUUAAGUAAGCAUUUUAUCCUUUAGGGGAAAAAUCAAAUUAAUUUCCUGCCCAUUUCAAAACCACAGCCCUAGUAUGUCCUAUGUGUUUUAGGCAUGUAUUUGCAUGUGUAUGGAGGGAGGGACUGUGUUCUUCCUCCUGUGCCCCCCAAUGCCAUAGUUCCUUUGUGCCCCCUGUCUGCCUCCACCCUUCCGUUAUGUCCAGAGUACCCACUGCCCCCAGUCACUCCUGAUCUGAAGCCAAAGAUGGCGGGAGGGGCAGGGCAGACUGGGGACCAUGGCUUCGGGACCCAGACUCCCCUCCAGUGUGAGGGUGAAGCUCUGGCCAAGGGAGUAAUGAAUGGUUACUGUGACCUGGCCCUGCCUCCCAGCACUGGGGAGAGAUGGGAUCGAGCUAGGGCUGCACUGAUAAGAUUCCUAAAAGUUGCACCCAAAAGCCAAACUGGGCUAGAGUGAGGAGGGGGCAGUUUUCUCUCUAAAUGUAGCAUUGAAUUUGGCCCUGGUCCCUUCAAAUGCCCUGUCCAUCCAUCUCCUAGCUAAGCCUCCUGGACAGUUGGACCCACUCCUUCAGCCCAGUGUUCCCUUCCUCACACUCAAUACCUCAGCCAGGGGCCAAGACACAGAACUUGAAUAGAGGUCAUGCCCCCUCCACCCCACAGC